UUCCGGAGGGAAAUAUAACAACCACAAAAUUAAACGGUCUUUCUCUCUCUCUCCUCUUGUUGACACUCAUAGCUCUCACUUCUGCUCUUCUCAUCCUUUAAUGGCUUGCAAACUCUUCUUCGCUCCCAUUCCCAACUGUCCCCUCUCACAUACAAAAUUAUCAAAAUUCCCACAAAGAAUCCCACUUCAUUUUCUUCCACCAUUCAAUAUCUCUUCUGGGUAUCACUCUUCUUCAAGAACGGUACAAUCAGUAUCAUCAUCAUCAUCAUCUUCUUCUUCUUCUUCGUCGUUAGUUGUUCAUGCUCUAAAAGAAGAAGUGAUUCAGUCACCAAAUUCAGAGGCUACCUAUGAUUCCAUAACUACACCUCCUUCUUCCUCGAAGCUCGUUCUUGUCAUUGGUGGCUCUGGUGGCGUUGGGCAGUUGGUAGUGGCAUCAUUGCUUAACCGGAAUAUCAAGUCCCGCUUGUUACUACGAGAACCUGCAAAGGCAACUGCCCUAUUUGGCAAGCAAGACGAGGAGAUGUUGCAGGUAUUUGAGGGAGACACUCGCAACCCAGGGGAUCUAGAUCCAUCUAUUUUUAAGGGAAUCACACAUGUGAUAUGCUGCACUGGAACAACAGCCUUUCCUUCAAGGCGAUGGAAUGGAGAUAAUACACCAGAAAGAGUAGAUUGGGAGGGUGUUAGAAAUCUCAUUUCUGCAAUGCCUUCGACAUUGAAGAGAGUCGUUCUUGUUUCAUCAGUUGGUGUAACCAAGUUCAAUGAACUGCCAUGGAGCAUUAUGAAUCUCUUUGGUGUUCUCAAGUAUAAGAAGAUGGGGGAGGAUUUUGUUCGCCAGUCUGGUCUUCCUUUUACCAUAAUUAGAGCUGGUAGAUUAACAGAUGGACCUUACACAUCAUAUGAUCUAAAUACCUUGCUCAAAGCUACUGCUGGCCAACGACGUGCUGUUGUUAUUGAUCAAGGUGAUAAACUUGUUGGAGAGGUCAGCAGACUUGUAGUGGCUGAAGCUUGCAUACAGGCGUUGGAUAUAGAAUUGACAGAAGGUCAAACUUAUGAAAUCAACUCAGUUGAGGGUGAAGGCCCUGGAAGUGAUCCACAGAAAUGGAGAGAUCUAUUCCAAGCUGCCCAAACGCAAUAAUAGGUUAUUAUCCUAUAUAGAAAAAUAUUAGCAUUAUUUACUGAAUUACUAUACAUUGUGUGCAGUUACAAUUCAUAAAAUUUGAAACAAUGCAUACUUUCAAAGUUAGUCUGUAUGUAUAUUCAUGUAAACUAUCAAAGUUGUAUAUGUCAAUAUAUGAAAUGUAGAUUUCUUUAUUCCA